UCCCCACCCAUUCUUGUUCCCAGCACUUUUCAAGUUCUAACAUCUCCGGUUCUUUUUUUUUCUCUGCAGUCACUCGCAGGCAGUAAAGAUUCCUACCGCUUUUCAACAUACUGUCUAUCAGAAAUGGAUUAGAAUUGGAUAGAAAUGCAUUACUGCUCUAUACACUCUAAAGGAUUUUCCUGUAACUGACACCACAAGUAUCAGCUGCUGUUCUGCCAUUUUGAAGAGAGAUGAUCCAAGGCCCUGGCAUAAUGGAGUCCAAUCUAUCUAUGCUCUCAUCCCUGAAAGAGGACUUCAGCCCUGAGGAUUACAUCCUGCCACAUUAUAAGGAAGCUUAUAGGUUAGCUAUUGACUGUCUGGUCAGCGGUGGCAAACAAGUAUAUCAAGACUUUCUCCAAGCUGAGAAAAUCAUAAGCUUCCUUUCUGAUGAUGAGAUUGACUUCAUAAUGCAGAAUACAGAACAACUACCUGUGAGUGAGGACGUAGAGGAUGUAGACAGCACCAGGGACGAGGCGAACUCCACGGGAACAUACUGGCCCACAAAUUCCGAUGCGCCUCCCCCAGACCUGGAUCUCGGUUGGCCAGAGGUCAUGCACAACAGACUUCAGACCAACAUCAACAUCCUUUACCAUCCGCCCAGGUUAAACAGUCCCACCAUCAAGGAAGCAGUGAGAAAACAUAUUCAAGAUGCCAGACAGGUCAUUGCCAUUGCCAUGGAUGUGUUUACCGAUGUAGAUAUCUUUAAAGAGGUAGUCGACGCAUCUAUAAGAGGCGUUCCUGUGUACAUCAUUCUGGAUCACACUCAUUUCAAAAGCUUUUUUAAUAUGACGGCAAAUCUGGACAUUCAAAUUCAGAAACUCAGGAACAUGAGGGUGCGCACAGUGCAAGGUCAGGAGUAUGUUUGCAAAUCAGGAGCCAAAUUCCGUGGAGCCAUGGGGCAGAAAUUUCUCCUAGUUGACUGCCAAACAGUGUUUUUUGGAUCAUACAGUCUCAUGUGGUCCUGUGAAAAGAUUCACCUGAAUAUGGUUCAGGUCAUAACAGGUGAGUUAGUGGAGUCUUACGACGAGGAGUUCCGGACCCUUUACGCCCGUUCCAAUAUUCCAGUCGAGUUCCAGUCUCAGGACGUCCUGUCAGAUCGAAGGAUGAAUGGCAAAAUUGAGAAUUACUUUGGGCGCCCCAUCCGAGCCUUUGAAAGGAAGGAUCAGUUGAGGCACACACUUGAUUCUGUGUAUCGCCAAACCUGUGAGAGACAAGCAGGCUUUAGGGGCAUGGGGGAGGAUCUCCCUAUCCCUCACCAUAGUAGAUUUCUUCAAGAUGCGCUGGAGUUCAACAAGAGGCACAGCUAUGCAGGGGAACCCCGGGAGCCCUCACAUAUCGUUCAGCAGUCCAGGUAUGGUAGCAGUAACUGGAAUGUGGCUGAAGACAUCAGGCGUUAUGGAGGAAACUACCCCCCCGUUAUGGAGAACCCCUAUGGAAGCGCCAGAUUAAACUUCCUUAACAGGACUGCUAACAUGCGCCAGUCCUACCACGGUCAUGAUAAACAGAUGCUUUCAAUGCAGCAGACCAUGCCAAGUUUGGCAAGUACCUCCAAAUCAUUUCUGCGCUCAUGGAGGAUAGAAUCUUACCUCAAAAACAGUGAUGCAGCCAUUGGAGAACCAUAUGAUUAUCUCGACCAAUACGAGAUGGAGAACAAACCUGUUCCUGCGAUGCCUUCUCGUCUUAGGUCAUCACUGGUGUUCAGGUCCAUUAUCCCAGAGGAUUCCGAGCCCAACAAUUACACAAAUGACUCGAUAUCGUCGGUACGCCAUGAGGAACAAUAUGGUAUACAGCCAGGUGCACAGUACUAUUCAACACAAUGGAACCAAACAGAUUUAAGGGACAAUCGAGCCCAACCUGAUGACUUCAUGUUAAAGAGACGGAGUAUACAAGUUCCUGAGCACUCUGGAAAAAGCUUUGGCUUUGGCUCAGGAAGAGAUAUACUUUAUGCCAGUCUUGGCAGAGCUAAAAAUCGAUAUAGGAAGGAGCCUGAACCCCAACAAGACAAUUUUUACAAAAGGCACAGUGUAGCAGACCCUAGGCAGACCACAUAUAAUAACAACAACCAAGAGCCUUCCAGCCAUCUGUAUGGUCAACUGUCGAGAAAUCAAACAGACAUAGGUCCGAGAGUUGAGAAUUCAGUAAGUGGAGGGUAUCAUCAAAACCUUAAUGAGGACCAGAGAUCCACCUCACAUUAUGAUGUCAAAACAGCUGAAAGCAACAACGUGCAGUGCACGUGGCAAGAACCUCCCUCAAGGACUGUCUCAGCAACAGGUCUAGAAGUGGAGGAUAUCAACCAGAACAAACCCAGUGUAAUAUCACCCUUUAAAAAGGGCACCAAGAAAAUCAAAUCGCUCCUAAAUAUUCCAGAGAAGCGGGACAGCUCGCCGAAAAGGAGGCAAAAUUCUAACCUUAAAAUAUGUGGCAGCUCUGACACUAUUGUUUCUGAUGACACCGAUAAACAGAGCCCUACAACCAUGUCUAUGAAAUCCAGUGACAGCAACGUGUUGAAAAGGACAAAUGGGAGGAUCUCUGGAACUCAGUUCAAUGCUACUGCCUCGACUGGAGAAUCAUCUGCUCCUCGUUUUAGUACAGACGAGCUCCACGGGGAUGGGUCUGUGAAAGCAUCAGAUCGGCUGUAUUCCAACAGUCAGGAGAAUAAAAGAAAUUCCGGACAGGGCACCACCACCAAUCAGUGGCGACAAGACCAAGUCCGAGUGAAUAGAGUGUACAGUCGUUUUGAGCCUCUUUGCUCCUUCGAGACUAAGCGUACCACUUCAGGACAGGGUUCCACUGUGUCCAUAAAUAAAGCAGACAGAAACAGAAGCUCUCUCCUUACAAGAGGAACAACGGGCAGUGAUCACAGCAACCAUAUAGCUCAACAUACACACGGUCAUGAAAAUAAAAUCGGACGUUUCAUACAGAGGUUUGGAAAUUUUAUAAACAAGAAUAAGUAACUCAGGCCAUGCAGGAUGUAGAAAUAAGCAAAGAGCUGCUUUCUUGUUUUGUUUUGUUUUUAUUCGCACUUCAUUAAAAGUAAUUUGUUUUCAAUGUGUGUUCUAAACAUUAAAGCAGGGAGAACCCUUUCUGAUCAAUUUGCUACAUUGUCGUUUAAGGGGGACAAACAAUUCCUCUACAGAAGAAAAUAUCUUAACAGAGUGAUUAUAUAGACUUCACCUUGGUAAAAUGAGUGUAAUAAAUUAUAUGUACUACUUGUGUUGCACUGAGCACUGAGAUUGAACCCUACAUCACAUGCACCGUCUCCUGAGGAUCAUCUUGGUUUGCCCUCUCAUUUUAGGUCAUCCCAUAAUUCCAGGUCUAUCUCACACCAGAGUAUCCAGAAUCCAGUAUUUAUGUAUGUAUCAAUUUGGGAACACAGCCCACAUGCACAGUGCAAUCAAGAAUUAGUCAAUAGAUAUAUACAACCUGAUCAGUUUAUAUUAAACACACUAUAUGUACAGGUUCCACUCCACUCAGGAAACAACUGAUAAUACUCCUAGGACGUCUGUUAAUUUGACUGUUGUUACCUGAAAUGUUUACAUUCGUAAUGAAAGGUAUUUUUUAAAUAGUGUUUUGAGCUUGUGGAAAUGUUCCGAAUGGGAAACUUCACUCAUGGGAUAUGCCAAGGGCUUUAUACCGUGCAAUGACCAAUUUGUGAAGAGGAAAACAAAUUAAAGUCAAUUGUGACUUAACACUGAGUGUUUUUGAGCUUGUAUAAGAUACGUGAUAUGUUUCUCAAUACACUGCCAAAGUGCAAAUGCGAAAAGAGUUCAGGGAGAAUUAGAUUUUUUAUUUUUUUUCAAACAUUUACAUUAUUUAACGAGGACAAGGAGGAGAAAAUAUACAGAUUUUCACAUGCUGCAAUGAAAAACUAUGGAGAUAUACAAGCACAGGCACGUAUAUAAUGUUACAUAUGACUGUAUUUAUAGUAUAGCAUCAUAUAGCAUCCAGCCCUAGUCAAUACUGUGAUGCUGUGAUGCUCAGUUGUGUAGCAGAGAAAUACAUAAAGGAAAAAAACUUCUACAAAGGUCGCUGAACUGUAAUGACUUGUCAGACAGAAGUUUCUUAAAUAACAAUGCAACACAAACGGCACAAAAAUUGCAUGAGUUUGUGACCUUUCUACAAGCUGAUUGCUUUGUUGUUUUGUUACAACAGAGGAUGGGGAAGAAAAUCCAUAUUUGAAUGUUUGGGCUUAAGUCCAGGGAUAAUCAGAGAGGUCAAAGGAGAUGAAGUAACCUCUACAACAAGAUUAGAGUGAUUCAUUCAUUCUCAUUCAUAGAACUUUUUUUUUUUUUUACAGCAGUGCCAAUUAUUUGCAUUCUUACACAAUGCAUGAGUUUUUCUUUAAGUUUAAGUUUCAAGACACACACCAGACAUUCAUUCUUUGAAUCCUUUGUUAGGGUUUCUCAAGCAGAAUGAAUGUCUUUGACACUAACUCUUGGGUAGAGGAUGUAUUAGAAAAAUCACCAGGAAAUGAAAAUGGAAAUGAAUCGAGAGAGUUACACUGAAUGCCAGUGUUGCCUUGAAACUCUCCUGACUUACUGAGAAAAGAAAUAAAACUUGAAACUUAAUAAUU